CUAGCAAGACGUUGAUCGCAAUUGGGCAGGUCUGCGCAGGUCUCGCUUGUCUCAAACAAGCCUGUUGAUCGCAAUUGCGCAGGUCUGCGUCGGUCUCGCUUGUCUCAAACAAGCCUAUUGUCUAUUUCGAUUGCUUUUUCUCCUUUCCUUUCCUCUCCGACCUGUGAGAACUACAACAUUGCGUCUGAUGCCUACGUCAGACGUUGAGUGACAUCGCCGUCAUGUAAGGAGUUUUCAAUCGACAUCGAUUCAUGUGUACAUUUUACAAGUUUACAUCGAGGUGAAUACAAAGUUGCAGUGUCAUUAGAGAUGUUUGGCCGUGUGUGUGCCAGCAUCGUACAACGAGCUUCAAGCUACACAUUGACACUUUCCUCUACUGCACAAUUCCAGCCUCGAGCAGCAAAUAUAUGUCACUUCUCCUCCUGGAUGAACUCCAGAGUCAGGUCAGACAUCUCAGGUGAGGACUCAGGAAGUUGGUCUCUCAGUGGGCGCCACCUCUCAACUCGCCAGGACCUCGACUUCCAGCUCAACCAGGUCCAAAUCAACAGCAUCCUGCGAUCCAAUGAGCAGACUGUCAGCGUGCCAGAGUUUGAUGGCAGGGGUCUCAGUGCUGUCAGAAAGUUUGAGAGCAACCAGCUGCCUGCUAACACACCUAAUGAGGACCGUCGCAGUUCAGCCACAUGCUUACAGUCAAAGGGCAUGCUGUUUGGAGUGUUUGACGGCCACGGGGGGUGGGCGUGUGCCCAGGCUGUCGGCGAGCGUCUGCUGUACUACACUGCAGUCGCAAUGAUGUCAAAGCAGAGCCUGGAGGAGCUUGAGAACUGCAUGGAGAAUGAGAGACCUCUUCCUCCCAUCUUGCAGUGGUACAAACACCAUGCAGACUUCCACUAUCGGGAAUCUGCUUCCCUCUACAUCGACCACCUCAGAGUCUUCUGGCAAGAAUUAAUAGAGAGUGAGGAACAUGGUGAAGGCAUGAGUCCUCUGGAAGCGCUAGACUAUUCUUUCAAACGGCUCGAUGCUGACAUUUCCUUGGAGGCUCAAGUCCCCCUUUCCAAUGACCUGAUGAAAAGCACAGCCAUUCAGGUUGCGUUUGCUGGUUCCACCGCCUGUGUGGCUCAUGUUGGCACAGACUGGAUCCACGUGGCAAACUCCGGUGACAGCAGAGCAGUCCUGGGCGUGCUGGAGGAGGACGGAUCAUGGAGCGCUCUGCCCCUUACCCGGGACCACAACUCACAGAACCAGGCUGAGAUGGAGCGGAUCAGGUCCCUGCACCCCCCCUCAGAGAGAGACACAGUGGUCACAGAGGACAGACUGCUGGGGGUUCUGAUGCCCCUUCGUGCCUUUGGUGACGUCAGAUUCAAGUGGAGCCAUGAGCUGCAGCAGAGUGUUUUAGCCAGCUUAGAGUCCGGAGUGGACCUGGACUCUCUGAACCUGUACCAGUACACUCCACCUAACUACCUAACUCCACCCUAUCUGGAUGUGGCCCCUGAAAUAACCCAUCACAAGCUGAGACCUCAGGACCGCUUCCUGAUCCUCGGCACCGACGGGCUGUGGGACGAGUUGGGGAACGAGGAGGCAGUACGGCUCGUUGGAGAGCAUCUCAGUGGGAUUCACCUUCAGGCUCCUGUUUCUCCAUCUGAGAAGCAGAUGAAGUUGGGUGAAAUGCAUGAACUCUUGCAGAACCGUCAGGCCCGCGCCUCCCCCGCUUUAGACACCAACGCUGCGACACACCUCAUCAGACACGCUCUGGGCACCGGGGAGUAUGGAGAGCUGUGCCAGGAGAGGCUGGCCUUGAUGCUGUCUCUGCCGGAGGACCUAGCGAGAAUGUACAGGGACGAUAUCACCGCUACUGUCGUGUAUCUGAACUCUGACCUGGCCAGACCUCAGCAUAGCUAACACAAGGUUUUUUACAGUACUGUACGGAGAGGAAAAGCAUAUCACAUUCAGCUCUGUUCAUCUCAUAGUAAACAUUUCCUCUAAACGGUUUUCUGGAUAUUUGGGACAAAAAGGAUUAUAUUACAACCUGUUGCAUACAUUGUGACAUAGCUAAGAUAAAUAUAAUUGGAGCAUUUAUAAGGUCAGAAUACAGACAGAAACAUAUUUUGAUCCCUCAGUGUAUUUAUGAUGGACAUUUUAUAGGAAAAACCUGAGUUGUAGUCAAAAUGAUACAGAAUAAUGCAGACACUCACUUUGGUCCCAGUCAGACUUUGUUUCUAUUUUGUUUGCUUCAGACAAUCCAUCUGUGAACUUGUUGUUCUCUCUUUUCUUGUAUAUGUACCCAAUGUAAACCGUGAAGUAUUGUUUUAAUGUUCAGUGUGAAUGUACAGUCUUCAGUUUGAUUAUUAGCUGUUAUUAAGUUAACACUCCAGAUUUUUCAUAUUAAACAAUCUCAAACUUUUUA